AUGAACAAUAAAAGGGAUCUGAAUGAACAGUGUUUGAAUCGGAUCCCUGAUCUCUCACUGCAUAUUAGCCCCCCCAACAGUACUCCUUCCUUUGAAGCAGACACUCAGCUUUCCUUAGCAGCUGGUGCAAGUACUUAUGAAGAUCAAACGAGGCACGUAAAUGUUCCCAAAUGGGGUCAGAUGAGUAAUAUAAACCAUGGGAUUUCAUGGCUUGAUGUUUCUGGACUGAAACCCAUCAAGGGGAUCCCCGUUUACUGUAACCCUAGGUUUAAUGGGGUUUCACCGGAGAGAGCAAGGCCUCAGUUUCAUCAGCAGUACAGCCAAUAUGUCUUGUCAAUGGAGAGUUCGAGAUUUAUACCUAAAUUACAAAGCAGAAGGAGCACAAGGGCACCCAGGAUGCGUUGGACCAGCUCUCUCCAUGCUCGGUUUGUUCAUGCUGUGGAGCUUCUUGGCGGCCAUGAAAGAGCAACUCCCAAGUCUGUGUUGGAGCUUAUGGAUGUCAAAGAUCUAACCCUCGCCCAUGUUAAAAGCCAUUUACAGAUGUAUAGAACUGUUAAGAGCACUGACAAACCUGCAAUUUCCUCUGAUGGGUGUGCAGAAGAAGAUUGUUUGCCUGUUUCCAGAAAUUCAAUGAGUGACAACUCCUCUAGUCGGGGAGUUUGGUGUUCGAGUUCUAGGAAUCCAGACGAGUUUAGCCGAUCAUCUCAAUCCGGAAAACAGUUCAACGAAAGCGACUUUGGUCAACAAAACUUAACGGAGUCAAACGUAGAGCUUCACGGCCCAAGCUUGGAGUUCAGCUUAGGAACACCCCGGCAGACACAGUAAAUUAAUGUAUGAUGGGGGAAACAAAGGAAAUAGGUAUAUAUGGGUUAGAAUUCACUCAUAAUUUGGGGAAAAAAAUUAGUUUUACACUUUUAUAAGA